GCGAUCAUAAUUCGAAAGUGCCAAGUCAGCAUAUGGAAACCUUCCUGUUAAGCAACAAAGUUAGAACUACACUGAUAAAAGCAUCUAAGAAGAAAGAAAUAGACAUUGACAUAUCAGAUGUUGUUGUUGGAGGAUCAGUGGCUCAUGGUACAGCAUUACCUGGGCAUUUUGACAUAGACCUUACUGUCUUCUCACUAAGUCUACAUCCAAUAAAGCAGACAGUAACAGAACAGACGUAUAAAGAUGGUAUGGAACAGAUCAUUCGCUGUCUCCAAAGGCACUUGACAAAAUUAAUCACUACAAAAUAAAGGACCCUGAGGAACUGUGUGGAAACCAUGGUCGACGUUUCCAAUGUUGGCACUUCCAAGUGGAUUUAUCACUGAGCCCAAAAUGGGAAAAUCUAGAGGAUAUGUACAAAUAUAUGAAGAUGAACCCAAGCACAAGAAAGUUGUAGGUUCAGGACUGGGACCUCCCGAUUGAAUAGUCUGCACAAACCUUUGAACUACCUACUACACUAAAAAUUUCGAGCUGAAAGGAAGGUUUAUACCUCCGGAAUUAGAACUAAAAAAGAUAAGUAAUUUUUUACACACAAAACAUAUUAAAAAUCGUGGGCGUGGCUGCGUUUUAGCUGAUUCAGCAAUAAUUGCUGGUCCCAUCCUUAACCUACUGAGAUCUGACGACUAUAUAAUCAGCGUGCAAUUACCUGUUGAGUAAUUAUACACGCUGUCAAUGACAACGUAAUGUUUUGAAUAACGGCCACGGCUGAAUAUUAAGAAAACUGCAGAGAACUUCAUCAUAAACGAUUAGAAAUCAAUAGUAUGGUACUCGUGCAAUAAGUACUCAACAAGCACUGCAUGGCAAGGUUAAUAGCACUCGGCUACGACUCUAGAAGCCUUGACAUUGCUUAUUAAUCCUAUAUUACACUAUUAACCAUACUAUACUUAUUGACAGCCUAACAUAAUCCAAAAACUAUAAGCAAUGCACAUGCACACACAAAUCCAGAGUGAACUAUAACAGUAUGAUAGAUACCAUGCACAAUACAGUAGAACCUCGCUAAUCCGGACCUUUUUAGUCUGAAACCUCUCAAAUCUGGCAAACUGAAAGAGGAGGGGCUGUCAGUAAAAUAGACUACUGCGCAUGCACAAUCUAACUUGCUUUGCUGAAUCAGAACUGCUCAAAACAUUGGUCACUGCAAAGAAAACGAAGAGCCGGAGAGCUCACAAGACUCACUGAAUUGGAGAGAAAGUUGAGAUAAAAGACUAUAUAGCUAGCAGCUUCCCUUCUGGCCACAGUACAUAUGCAUUAUUUUGUUACUGAUAUUCAUAAUCAAUUACCGUUAAUCCAGAAAUUUCAUGUAUUCGGAUAUAGGCUCUGGUCCGGCUCUAUUCUGAUUAGUGAGGUUCUACUGCAUGUACUGAUUAUGCAGUUACCAAAAAACUCAAUAAAAAGACAUGGCCAUAUUAUACAUAAUUAAUUGACAACUGAUGAAGUUAACUAUCUAUAUGGGCUGCCAUAGCGGUGAAGCUGUGAUAGAUUGAAGUUUCCACAGGGUGUCAUAUAGGAUUUUGAAGUGUAGAGGGGGAAAUAAGAAAAGUAACCAGAACAUUUUGCUAAAAAAAGGCCAACUGUUAUUUUAAUACCCUAUAUGUAAAAUUGCCAGCUAUGGACACUCAGUCAUACAACUAGUACCUGAAUGCAAAAAAGGGGGGGUACCCCCCUUUCCCCCUGUACGACACCCUGUUCCAACAUAAUAUAAUUAUACCCCGGAAUCAUAGAUCUAUCGAGCCAAAAUUCGUAUGAAAACUGAGCAUGGUGAAAGAUCUUACUUAGCUACAUAAUAGCUACAUAAAACUGGAUGUGUGAAAAUUAUAAUUAUUAUAGAGCAAGACGUUAUUUAAAUGUUAUUACUUUAUGCAAUAAACACAUUAGGUAAAGGUCAUUAACCAGACAUCCAUAACUAAGAUCAACAGCUACAGCUAGCUAAAGCAAUACACAUGCAUGCACUACACAAGGCCAUGUGACAAUGUCACUGACUCUGGCAGUACCUAUAUGAGAAACAGCACCUAUGAGCAAAGCUAGUAGAGUGAGGGCUCCAAUCAAAGAUGUAACAGCAUUUGUGAAAAGACAGAGUGCACUGUUUUUCUGCUCUAGCAGUCUACUCUGGACAUAAGCAAAUCUGAAGUAUACCUUGGAGGGUCCCUGGGGCAAGAGACAAGUCUGCCUGCACAUUUUGUUGAUCUAUGCAUCUAUAUUCACCAAGUACGAGCUACACUGAGAACAAAUGCAGCAUUUAUGCUAUAAUCACGUUGUGCAUUAGCGUAUAUAUCCAUGCUAACCCUACAAAGGCUCACACACAGACUGAGAAUAUUGUUAAUCUAUAAUUGUACAUGUACUAUAUACUUUGUUAUUACCCAAGCCCAUACUGCGGCCACAGCGAGUAUAGUAGUUCGUUGGUUUAUCUGUUUGUAAUUUCUGAGCCUGCUCACCUGGAUACCAUAGCGGUGGGUUUACAGCGUGCAUGAAUAGCCUUCACAUAAUUAUAACAAGUUAUUGGUUUUAAAGGUGGUUCGUUGUCGAAUAAAAGUGAGCAAAAUCUAACUUGCUCAUUAGUUGGCUAGCUAUAGCUACACUAUACAUUCGAGGUACGUAUUUUCAGCUGAAGCUAGGGAUCCUUAGAAAUAAUGGAAGUCUGGGGUCCCUAAGUAGAAAGCUAGAAUUGUGGUUUGUUGCUUUUUUAGCCUCAAAACAUUAUAACUAUAGCCCCAUAAUUAUAUCUAAAACUCCAGGCUUUUUUCCUAACUUUGCUGCAUGUGAUCCUAGUCCACAAUGAAUGUCUCGUACGGCGUAUGAUACACUACUAAAACUCUAUUCUCAAAAGUUUCAGCAUGCCUCUAGCUCCUGUAAUAUUUGCUGCUUAACCAGCAUUUAUUGUACAACACUAUUUUGGUUGGUAUAGAUCUUUAUUAUUUAUGUCAUCAGCCGAGGGUUAGCACUGCAGUGCUCUAUAUCUUAUGCAUUUUGGCAUCUUUCUAUACAGGUCUGCAUCCGAGCAGGAAGGAGGUAUCUGAGGAGCGCACGCAUGCAGUACAAAUUUAUAUUACUAGGCAGAACAAUCAAGUGCCUAUAAGGCACUCUAUUACAGACAUACAGAACAUUGAGAGGUUGUACCACGGCUGGCGUUUCGAAACCUCUAACCUGAACAUUGAUUUACGACUCAGUCUUUAAUGAAAGAAACAAAAUUUAGAGGAUUUGUACAGCUAUCUCAAAGGAAUGCAAUCAAAGAGCAGGAAAAUGUGCACGUCUCCUAUUUCUAUUGUUGUAUAUGAUAUUAUACUUCCUCUACUAUACACACAUGAAGUCAGGUUUUGCUGCGGACUAUUCAGGUAUAAGACCACAACAAGUGAAAACGCUCAUAAAAAGAUUUAAGGCAUGGAGAAACAGAACAUGGGACAAGCAGAAAAAUGGUUACCCUAAAUUCUACCUUUUGUAUAAUAUGCUCGCACUGAUAUAUCCUACAAACAUGCACCUGUUGAGUUAGCACAGGCAGAAUCACUAGAAGAACUGGCAAAAUGGGAUAUCAAGAAGCUGGUGAAGAAUAUUGCUAAAAAUCAAGACUUAUAUAGAGUGAGUUGCUUUACCAAUGCAUUUACUUAUGUAUAAUAUUAUACAGUGCAAUAUAUAUGCACCGGUUGAGUUAGCCCGCACAGAAUCAGGGAAAUUAGGAACUGGAAAAAUGGUGGAUGGUCUGCUAUUGAUACUAUGGACAUGCAGAAUUCUUUUCACUUAAUUGCUUAUAGAAUUAUGACCAAGGAUAUCAAGAAGCUGAUGAAGAGUAUUGCUAUAAACGUACAACAAUGUGUAUGUACCAUAAUAAACACAUAACGUAUACUAGCUAUAGACAACAAAGAUUACAAUUGCAUUAGCUAAGUAGCUAAUAUGCACUUCUUAAUUCCUUCAUUAUACAGGCAAGGAGCACCAAAAACUCAGUGAUACGUUUAGAGAUCGAAAUCCUCACAUAAUUGUAUAUACAUCUACAUCCAAAUAAUUGUGUAUACAGACACACACAAUAUAGCUACAACGCUCUAUCAAUACAGCAUUCACGUCCCUGGGGAAAACCAUGGAUAUAAGUACAGCCGGUACGUACACGAGAAGCCAUGAUCAUUGACCUGUCUAUAACCCGUACAAGAACCUCUACAAACAUGCAUGGCGUCUGUCAGAUUGAGCCACAAAAGAGAGACUCGUUUCCCAAGAGAUGGCAGCUGUUUCUCAGAAAGAUCCAUCUUAUAAUUAUACAUCUAACUGUUGACUUCUAAUCAUUUUUCUCUUGGACCCUGUGUACAUUUAUAACAUUUACAAGAACAAGAUUAAGGGUGACCUGCUGACUCAAUAAAACAAAAGUUCCAAGAAUGAAUGAUUAUUCUAUCUUUUUUGUUUACUGCAGACAACGUUAUUCAUAUUUCUCAGUUCUAACACAACACCAAACGAAAUGGCACUAGAACUGGCAGCAAAAGUGGAGCAUGUACUAAGAUCGCAAGCCGUGCAGAGCAGAAUCGGAAUAACUAUUUCUGAGGUUGUUCUCGGAGGAUCAGUGGCUUAUGGAACCGCAGUCCAGGGGAACUAUGAUGUGGAUUUGGUUGCAUUCUCACCAAGUCUUCACCCAAAACAAGGGAAAGUGUCUGAAGAUGGGUACAGCACAAUACUAGCCAAACUCAAGAUAUACCUUCUAGAGCACCUAACUGGGAGAUAUGUACCCCAAGAAAUGGAGAAGCAAUUUCAUGGCUGGCGCUUUACUGCUAACUACUUGCAAGUUGAUUUGCAGAUCAGCCCUCAAUGGGAGGACCCUAACCUGGAAGACAUGUAUUCCUACAUGAGAGACAUGCAUCCGGACAGGAGAAUCUUGUUUUCUUGUGGAACAGCCAAGUACAAAAACUCCUUAAUGGAGGGCCAGCCGAGAAGGGCAAAGAUACUUAUCAAAAGAAUCAAAGUGUGGAGAGACUCCGUUUGGGAUGGAAAAGUCAAUGGAUGCCCAAAGUCUUUCUUUCUUAGCAUUCUUGUGCUCAUCUCCUAUCAUCGAGCUCCACAGCAUCUACUCAGUGAUGCAACUCCAUUGAAAACCCUUGCAAAAUGGGUGGCAAGAGAUAUACAGGAACUUGUGCAACAUAUUCGAAUGGACCCAAACCUGGACCUCCAUGUUCCCGGGGAGAACCAAGUGAUUAUGAGAAAGUAUAGUCACUGCCUUCCUGACAAGCCACGCAUCAUUGACCCGGCCAACCCCUUCAAGAACUUCUACAAACAGGGUCUCUGUCAGAUUGAGCCUCAAAAGAGCGACUCGUGUGAGAAACGAUGGGACAUAUUUGCAAGACAGAUCGCAAGCCUCAACCUGGUGAUGAAUGUCGUGUAGCCUAGUGGCAUACUUAUAUGAACAACAUACUAUAAGCGUGUAUCAUUUACAGUACAUUUUAAAAGGGAUACACUUUAAUGAAAAAGAGAAGAUACUAUAAUACUUUUAUUCUACUGUGUUAUUAGUAAAUUAAUAGUGUUGUGGUAUUGUGUAAACAUUAUGACAAUUAUUAGUACAUAAUUAAUAAUUGAACACUCGCCACCCCCAAGUGCUUUG